GUGCAUCCAGGAUCAGGUGAAAGCCUCGUCAGCUGUCACAUCAUGCCGUGCCCAUGACGCCCCGUGGUGACAGGGGAAGCAGUCAGAGCUGCGGCGUGGUCAUCCAGCAGCCUCCUGCAGCAGCAUGGACAGCGAUGACGAGAACAUAGAAGAGGCCGUGGAAGGUCCAUUGGAUGACGAUGGUCAGCCGCAUGGGUUCUGCACAGUGACUUACUCAUCCAGCGAUCGCUUUGAGGGACACUUCAGCCACGGAGAGAAGAAUGGAAAGGGCAAGUUCUUCUUCUUUGAUGGAAGCACCCUGGAGGGUUUCUAUGUAGACGAUGCUCUGCAUGGUCAGGGGAUGUAUACAUACGAAGAUGGCGGUGUUCUCCAUGGCACGUAUGUGGACGGCGACCUCAACGGGCCCGCUCAGGAGUUUGAUGGCGAGGGUCGCCUGGUGUUCAAGGGCCAGUACAAAGACAACAACCGGUGUGGGGAAUGCUGGGUCUACUACCCUGAUGGAGGCUGUGUGUUUGGGGAGGUGAAUGAGGACGGCGAGAUGACUGGUAAAUCUGUAGCAUACAUCUACCCCGAUAGACGGACGGCUCUCUGUGGAAGCUUUGUGGAUGGUGAGCUGAUUGAGGCUCGCCUCGGCACCCUGAUCUCCAAUGAAGGUGGAAGACCACGCUUCGAAAUCACACCCAACAGUCCUGUCUACUCGUAUGACAAGUCCACUUCCACCUGUAUCGCCACCCACACUCUGCUUCCUGAUCCCUACGAGAACCAAAAGGUGUUUGUGGCAGACUCUAUGAUCAAAGGAGCAGGACAGGGUCUGUUUGCCAAGAUGGAUGCUGAGACCGACACUGUGAUGGCUUUUUACAAUGGAGUACGCAUCACACACUCUGAGGUGGACAGCCGGGACUGGGCUCUGAACGGGAACACCAUCUCACUGGAUGAAGAUACAGUGAUUGACGUUCCUCAGCCGUUUGACCAGAUGGAGAGAUACUGCGCCUCUCUGGGUCACAAGGCAAACCACUCCUUCACCCCCAACUGCAAAUAUGACCCGUUUGUCCACCCUCGUUUUGGGUCUAUCAAGUGUGUCCGAACCCUGAGGCCUGUGCAGAAAGACGAGGAGCUAAUGGUCGCUUAUGGUUACGAUCACAAGCCAACAGGAAAGAACGGCCCCGAGGCUCCUGAUUGGUACAAACAGGAGCUGGAGGAGUUCCAGCAGAGACAAGCGGCUCCCACCGGCCAAUAAGAACACAGAUGAAUUCCUUUGGACAAUAAAAUAAUACAAUAAAAUAGCCCCCUUCCACCUGUGCUACCACCUUAUAAGACUCCUGCAGCAUUAUGACACCUGAUAACCCCUGCAACUGCAAAUCACCUUGUAGACAUUUGAGCUGUUACUAUGCUUCAUAUGGAAUUCAAACGGAAUACUUCUUGAGCAGUUCAGUAUGAAUGAAAGCCUUGCAGAUCCAAGGCCAAAGUAACACAAGAACUAUGCAAGAAACCAAAUGUUAUUAGAGGAGACAUGUCUCUGGCUGGAGGUUCUGUCUGAUUUUACCACUCUUCUCUUCAUCACAUAACUCACAUAGAAAUCACAAUUUACGUGCUCAUGGUGCUUAUAAAUUUAGGGUAUGAUAGAAACACUCAUAUCAUUUUUCUCAGUUUUCACUUCAGCUCUUUGUCAGUUGUUUGAUGCAGCGGCUGCAGUUUACCUGCACUACUUUACCGCACGGUAUUUCUCUUUUCUGUUUAACUCCUACAUCAUUUGAACAGAAUCAGCUGGCCCGAUACAUAAACUUGAAAAAGUGUAAAUUUAUAGGCCUGUUUACUUACACGGUUAUACAGUAUAUGUUACAGUGACUAAUUUAUUUAUGAUCUCUGAAAUUGGUAAAGAACUGUAUUUCCUGAGCUGUGUCGAGUGGAUUUAUAAUGUAAGCAUGUGGUGGGAAAAUAAAGGAUGGCCUACCACUUCAGGAAAGACCUACAGUGAACUUUUCUAACCUGGUGUCUGUGUUCAUACCCUACAAAAUAAAGUCCCAACAAUAAGAAAAUCUA